AUGCAUGGACUGCCGGACAAUGCUCUGUUUCGGCGGUUGUUACUGGUAGCAGAGAGUCGCCAAGGGACGCUCAUCCAUGAUCUAUGCCAUGGAGUGAGUGCUUCAUAUCGCCAACUACUCCGAGAUGUGUCGAACUUUCGACAAGAACUACGGGAAACACUCCCAGAAUAUCUUUUGACGGAGGACGGCAUAGCCCGUGAUGAUGAUGUCUAUGUCUGUACUACGACAUCGGCAAGCUACGAAAUGAUUGUAGCGUUCUUCGCAAUCCUUUCCAUAGGAGCAGCGAUUGCGCCCCUGUCUCCAAGCCUCAUGCCUCAGGAGGUGAUGGAUCUCUACCACACAUUUGAUGCAAAGUGCAUUAUAACUCAUCCAAAAGCGGAGCUCGCACCAGGCCUCAAGCAGCAUGCUAAAGAGAUGAGUAUCAACGAGCCAAAUAUCAUUUCGGUGCGUGUACGUGGUACAGGACAGGGUAACGAGGCUCCUGACCCCUUUAUUGACCCUAGCAUUACGCUUCCCAUGAAUCGCCCAGUCGUAGCCCUGUUCUCCUCCGGAACGACUGGCCCUCCAAGGGGAAUCAUCCAUGGAUUAGAUUAUUUUACUGCACAAGUAGGGCCUCUCGGGCCAGAGGAUGCUUUGGUCCUUGCCCAUCGCCCCAUGCACUACGGAGCCAGCCUGUCCAGUGCAAUUACAACUAUUCUUAGGGGUAUCCAUCUGGAGAUUCCCCGUCCUGGACCUAGUGCACAGUGGAUUUGGGAACGCUUGCGGCAGGGCGGCGUCACGAAUCUAGCCGGCUCACCGGGAUUUUGGGUGUCGCUCAUGGAAUACUACCAGCAACAUCUUGCUAAGCUCCCCUUAUGUGAACUGCAGCCUUACAUUGAUAGUGCGAGGGGUCUACGUGUGGCCAAUUGCAGUGGUGCCAUGGCGAUGCCCAGUACCAAAAUAUUCUGGAAGGAAAUCAGGGGACGUCCUCUACAGAUGGUCUGGGGAAGCACCCAAUCGUCCAUUGGCUUAAAAACCUCGUCAGAUGUUGACAAUACAUACUUGCAUGCGAUCGGACGGCCUUUACCGGGGGUUACCAUCAAGCUCUCCCAGGGUGAUCAUGGUGAGAUGAGAAUCAAGACACCUACGAUGUUUCUUCGGUACUGGAAGAAUGAAUCUGCCACCAAAGCAGCCUUCGACGAGGAAGGAUUCUACAAGACUGGAGAUCUGGUCUAUCUCCAGGGCAGCGACUAUAUCAUCCAAGGGCGUGCCUCGACCGACAUUAUCAAUUGCAAUAGCUGCAAAAUACCCAUUCUUCUUGUUGAAGCAGCCCUCUCAAGACUGCCUUACAUUUCUGAGGCCCACGUACUCCCGGUAGCAGACCCCAGAACAGGCAGUCGAGUUGCCGCUCUGGUGCGCUGCCGCGCUGAGAACAGGCCGAAGCUUACGCUCCACUCUCUCCGGGAGGACCUCUCUUCCUACCUGCCCUUGGUUCAAUUGCCUACGGUACUGCGGGUUCUAGGUGAAGGAGAGGAGGUUCCCAGGACAGUCUCCAGCAAGGUGAUACGAGGAGAAGCUAAGCAAAUAUUCUUCCCCCAGAAGGCAGAUCCCUCCUUAUGUGAUCUUCCGGCUCUAGUUCAAGUUUGUGACGUCAAAUUGGGCACAGAUCUGCGCCCGCGGAGGAUGUGGGAUUCAGGGGGCGUUCAGUAG